AUGAAGACGCUAGGGUUGCUGGGCGGCAUGAGCUGGGAAUCCACCACCACGUACUACCAGGAAAUAAAUCGGCGCGUCCGGCAUGUCAAAGGCGGCCUUCACUCCGCUCGUUGUAUAAUAUUCUCAUUUGAUUUCGAAGACAUUGCCAACCUCCAACACGAUGGCAAGUGGGCGGAAGCGGGCUUAUUAUUGAACGAUGCAGCUACCAAGCUGAGGCUGGCAGGGGCGGAUGCCAUUGUGCUCUGUACCAACACCAUGCAUUUCGUGUCCCACGGGGUAGAGAAAUCGUCACAGCUUCCGCUUCUCCACAUCGUUGACUCUACGGCUGAGCAGAUUCUGGCGUCCGGCUACAAAUCAGUCGGUCUGCUGGGGACGCGCUUCACGAUGGAGAAGGAGUUUUACAAGGGACGCCUAGCUCAGAAAUACGGAUUGCGCGUGCUCAUUCCAGACGAGGCAGACAGAGACGCGGUGCAUUCGAUCAUAUACGACGAGCUCUGUAACGGUAUUGUCAAGGAGCAGUCGAGACAGGCGUAUCAGAAGAUCAUAGGCGAGCUGGCAGAGGCGGGAGCAGACUGUCUUCUUUUCGGCUGCACUGAGAUAGGCUUGCUCGUUCGUGAAUCGGAGGCUGGGCUCCCUGUGUUUGAUACCGCGAAGAUCCACGCGACAGCUGCUGCAGACUGGGCGAUGGCGGACGAGGCUUGA